UCUCCCACAGACCAGAUCAGAAACAUCAGGAUGGAGACGCUCAGCUGGAUUCUCUUCAUGUGGGCGUCUCUUUCAGAGGCCUUCAAUAUCGACACUGAACAUCCACUGAGAUUUAACGGCGCGGCAGAAGAUUUCUUUGGUUACAGCGUUUAUCAGUCUGAGUUUGAAAACAGGAAACAGAUCAUCGUCGGAGCGCCAUUAAAAGGAAACUCAACGGGUGAAAUGUACAGUUGCACAGUAGAUCUGCAGUCCUGCACACCUCUGCUCUGGCCAGGCUCAGAGGGCGUUCGGUUCUUCGGCAUGUCUUCUGCUGUGUCGUCUGAUGCUGUCGGACGCUUGACUAGCUGCAGUCCCUAUCUUCCUCAUGAAUGUGACGGAAACUCGUAUCUGAACAGCGUCUGCUACCAGUUCAACAGCAGAUUACAGGCCGUCUCAAACUUUACCGCCGCUUACCAAGAAUGCACGAAGAGAGAAGUCAAUCUGGUGUUUCUCUUUGACGGAUCCAGCAGUCUGAAACCACACGAGUUUAAAUUGAGCAAGCAAUUCAUUAAAGAUGUUAUGAGCAAGCUUUCAAACUCAUCCAUAAAGUUUGCUGCCGUCCAGUUUUCAACUACAUUCACAACUGUGUUUGACUUCAACGACUAUCAGGACGGCUACGCUGAACACAAACUCAUGCAAGAGAAACGCAUAAAAACUCUCACAAACACAUAUGGAGCAAUCAACUAUGUUUUAGAGAAUCUCCUGAAUAACGUGUCGUCUGGAGCCGAUCUCAGCGCUCAGAAAGCCCUGGUGAUCAUCACAGAUGGAGACCCUAGUGAUAAAGAAGAGGAAAAUGUCCUCAACAGAUGCAAUGAGCAAAAUAUCCUUCGCUUCAUCAUUGGGGUGGGACAUGUUAGCUUAAACAAACUCAGGGAGCUGGCUUCAGAACCAAGGAUAAACAACACCUUCUACAUUCAAGACUACAAUGGACUUGAAAGACUUCUUAACAAUCUGCAAAUAAAUAUCUACAACAUUGAAGGGUCAAAGGACGCACACAGCAAAGACAGACAGAAAGAGUUAUCGCAGAGUGGAUUCAGUGUCCUCUACCACAAGGACUCUGCGAUUGUGGGUUCAGUUGGAUCUAAUGACUGGCGUGGAUCUCUGUAUGAAGUGACUGGAUCAGGAUCUGGAUUUAAAGAGACUGAGAUUAAGGAUCCAUCUGUCAGUAAAGACUCGUACAUGGGUUACUCUGCUGUUCUGGGAAUGAGAGGCGGCGUCUCUCUUCUGUUCUCUGGGGCUCCGCGGGCCGAACACAAGGGUCUGGUGACCCUCUUCACCAAGAAUGAAAGCACAUGGACAGUGACGAGGAACAUCACCGGAGAACAAAUUGGCUCGUAUUUUGGCGCGUCUCUGAGCCUGUUGGAUGUGGACUUGGAUGGAGACUCAGAUUUCCUUCUGGUCGGAGCUCCGUUAUUUCACCAGUCUCAGCCGAGGGCAGAAGGGAGGCUGUACGUCUACGCUUUAUCUGAGGAGUAUUUUCAGAAGACACUGAACGAGUCAAACACCGGCAGAUUUGCUGCAUCUCUGGCUUCACUAAAGGACCUGAAUGGGGACGGCCUGUCAGAUGUGGCAGUCGGGGCGCCGCUUGAGAAUGAAGGGGAGGGAGUCGUCUACAUCUACCUGGGCGACAGGACACGUGGAAUAAACACGGAACACGCUCCUCAGUUGAUUCCAGCGCGCUCGGUUCUGCCCGGUCUGCAGCAGUUCGGAGUGUCUCUGUCUGGUCAGAUGGACAUGAGCGAUGAUAAUCUGACAGAUGUCGUGAUCGGAGCUAAAGGAGGGAUCGUGCUGCUCAAGGCUCGGCCUGUGAUGUCUGUAUCUGCGCAGCUCAGUUUCAGUCCCAAUGAAAUCAAUCUGAAUGACUUUGAAUGCCCGGGUGACAAAGUCUUUAUUGCGUUUAAUCUCACUUUGUGUUUCACGGUGAACGAGCGGACCAGUAGCAGUGGAUCUCUCGAGAAGAACCUGAAUAUUUCUCUGAACCUGAAUGUUGAUGUGAUGAGAGGAAUCAAUCGAGGAUUCUUCGAUCAGAGUGAUCCGUCGUCCAGGACUCUUCAGCAGUUUAUCCUGCUGGAUUCUAGGAUCUCCUGUUCCAGAUUCCCCAUCUUCAUGCCAUGCUGGAUUAGAGACACAGUGUUUCCGCUGAAGAUACGAAUGAAUUUCUCACAAACCGAGAUGCUUUCUGAAAACUCCACGGCUAUUCUUGACAUCCACAGCAGGACAGAGGAGUAUGUCGAGGUGCCGUUUCAAAGCAACUUUAAUUCAAACAACAGCUGUGUGGCCGAUCUGAAGCUGAACUUCAGUUUUACGAACGACACGUUGGUGGUGGUGAAUCAAGCUCAUUUCACUGUCCUCGUAUCGCUGGCCAACCCAGGCGACGACUCCUUCAACACCAGCAUAGUGCUGCACUACCCAGAAAGCCUCUCGCUCUCGAAAUUUGACACCGUUAAGCCCAGCCGGACUCGAAGCAGCUGUGGUGAUCGUGACAGCGGUGCUAUGAACAGAACCUCCUGCAGUAUCAAUCUACCAGUGUACCGCAGCGGCACCACGACUCAGUUUCUGGCAACCUUUCGUAUGGCGAAAUGGGAUUACGACUGGUCCGACAGGAUGGAGAUGAUGAUCACCGCUAACAGUGAUAAUAAUGGAAACAUCAGCGAUACGGCGGUGAGGAGGAGCGUCCCGGUUCAGUUCGCCGUUGAUCUGGCGAUCAGUCUAGCGGCUGAAGACUCUGUGACGUAUCUGGAUUUCUCUCUGGAGGACAGAGGUCCAAAAGCUCUCAACAUCGUCUACAAGGUGGAGAAUCUGGGUGUUAAAGGUCUGCCGGUGUCGCUCAAGCUCACCCUGCCCUGUCAAACUACACAUGUGAUUUUAACCCCUCAGAACUUCAGCAUGCAGGAGGACGGUCACUGCGGGAAGUUCGAGUGUGGUCAGUUUGAUCUGCAGAAAUCUUCAGUAGUUCACUUCAUCCUGACGGCAGACACAGCUCUCCUGAACGUGAAGGAAUACGAGAGCAAAUACUCCUUCCACGAGUUCAGAGAGGAUUUUGUCUUGGACAUCAGCGCCGAGCUCCACUACAACAGAAGCCGCUACAACCAGACGUCGACCGGCCUGAAGGACGACCCUCACCAAUCACAGAUUGCAGUGAGGGCGGAGUUUGUCGUUCCACCCAGUCUAAUGCUGAUCGUGUGCACUGGCGCAGUGGGCGGGGUCAUCCUGCUCAUUAUCAUAUUGAUCCUGCUGCUGAAGAGUGGUUUUUAUAACCGAAAACAUCCUGACGGGUAUGAAAAUAUGAUGGUGGUUCUCAUUAAAUUCAAGAAAACAAAAGAAUCUGAGUAUGGUAAUUUUGAAGGUGACUUUAAAACUGAAGAUUCUUACAUUUUUUAGUGGUGUUGUAUGAUAAUGUUUUCUGUCUUGUGUAUACUGACUUAAUUUGUGCUUUAUUUAAAUAACCCUUUUUAUGAUAUACUGUACAAUUCAUUUUUAUACUUUUCUGUUUCUUUAAUCGCAAAUCAAAGUGUUCUGUAAGUAUAACCUUUGCAUAGAAGAUUGGUG